AUGGCGACUGACGGUACAUCAUCGAGCUCGCCUUACGCUGCGACGCUCAUCUCGGCUUCGCUAACGUCCGGGCAGCCGAUCCUACGCUUCGGCUCGUUUACCCUCAAGUCCGGUCGUCAAUCGCCUUAUUUCUUCAACUUCGGCUUGUUUAACACGGGGGCCUUGCUGCUGUCUCUCUCGGGCGCGUUUGCGGAUGCGAUCAUCGCUGCUUUUCCGUCAAUCGGUCUUGCACCCGCUGCACCCGCUGCAUCCGGCUCGCUCGACGACAACACUCCCCAGGUUCUGUUUGGUCCAGCUUACAAGGGUAUCCCACUCGUGGCGGCCAUCUCGACCGAGCUCGCCCGUCGGGGUCGCGACAUCGGGUAUUCGUACAAUCGCAAGGAGGCCAAGACGCACGGCGAAGGUGGAUCAAUCGUCGGCGCCGAUCUCAGGGGCAAGCGUGUGCUCAUCAUUGACGAUGUGAUCACUGCGGGAACGGCCAUUCGCCAAGCACACCAGAUAGUCGUGGCUGAGCAAGGCCACACCGUUGGGAUCUUCGAAGCCCUUGACCGCGAAGAACGCGGCGCCGGCUUUCUUAGCACGGUGCAAGAGAUCGAACAGGAGCUCGGUCUUCCUGUGUUCAGUGUCGUCAAGAUGCGUGACAUCGUUGCAUGGCUGGACGGGCAACAUCGUGACGCAGAAAAACUGACCAUGGAGGCGUAUCGUCGGGAGUACGGCGUCUGA